AUACAAAUGACAAAACGUCAUUGUUCACAUAACCAUGACUGAAAGAUGUCAAAAAAAGUUUACAGAAAAAAUUCUUAAUCAAAAUUAUAUUAUUUUUACUGGAGGUUUUGUGGCUUUUUUAGCUGUAUUAUAUUUUUACAGAUUUCACCUGAUCACAAUAAUAGUAAGCUAUGUGUUGGGAUGUUUGGCUUGUUAUUAUGGACUUCAGAUGAACAUUUUCCAGACAUUCUUAGAUACGAUAUCGUGCCAUUUUAUGAGGAAGCUGCCCAGUCCAGAUCAGAAAAAAACUUCUGUCAGAAUUUGUAAUGCCUGUGAUGCUCCUAACUGCAGUCGCCAUGAUCCAGAACUAUUACCCGAUCCCUGGGUCGGAUUACUCAUUCAUAAACAAUUGGACCAGGCUAUAGAAGAUUUUUAUAACAGAAUUUUAGAGCAAUUUAUAAAUACAUGGUACAGCAAAAUAACUUUGCAGCCAUUUUUUAUUGAUGAACUUCGACAACAGUUGAGAUAUGCAUCGGCAUGUUUGUACAGGAGAGCUCUUACAAUAGAUCCAGGUGUGUUCAUCUUCAGCCGCCUUUUGCCGUGUGCGUUACGUCACGUGUCCCUCCCCCCGGCCGCCACUCACACCGCUCUGAGCUCGCGGGCGUCUGAACUACGCUAUCUGAGAUGUCUGUCUGAUACACUGCUGCCAUAUCUCCUACGACCGGCAGAUUGCCAUAAUGAAGUGUUCCGCACCUUGGUCCGUGAGCUGGUGUCGUGGUGGGUUCUUCUGCCGAUGGUGGACGUGCUGGCUGACCCCUACACCCUCAACACUCUCCUACUGCUGGUCACUGGGGAUGACACCAUGGCGCCGUUACCCACCACGCCAGAUUAUAAAGUCGAGUUCCUGGAGUGUUUCGUUCGUCAGUCGGAGUGCGUGUAUUCGUCGAGGCCUCGUCUGCUUCGCGUUCAGUUGGAACCAUUAGUCCAGGAGUCAGGCGCUCUAUACGCGCUCCUGCAAUACUUGAAAACAACACCUCAUUUACAGCUCUUACAGUUCUACCAGGACAUCAAAUCAUUUCAAACUCGAAUUCUCAACCCCGAGCUGACUGUAUCAGAACAGGCGUCUCUCCAGCGUGAAGCCGAGGAGUUGUUUUCGCGGUACAGAAGUAGUGGACAUCACGAGCUGAUACAGGAGAUGGAACAACUCAUGAAGGAGGGAGGAGUUAGGAGACUUCAGACAUCUCGAGCGCUCUAUCAGGCUGCCAGACAGGCGCACGGUGCCUUAGAGAAGACAAUGCUACCAAAGUUCUUACAUAGCGAAGAAUUCUACAAAUUAUUAAUAGGCCCGAGGCUGCCGGUGGGGUACCAGAAACAAAUGACGAAGAGGCCGGAAGACAAACAGAGCAUGUUGAAACUCGGUGUGAGGAUAAAGAAUGCUUUAAAGCAGCAGGUCGUGGACGGCCAGGUGUUGGAGAUGACGUCACAGCUGGACGAGGGGGAGAGUAUAGAGAACAUAGACAUCCUGCAAUACCUGGACUCCCUCGCCGCCGAGGACUCCUUGGAUCAGGAUCUCAGCACUUACAAAGUGGUCCUCACUCACGUGGAGUCCACAUUGCAAGCCCCGCCGCGUCGUGGUCCGGUGCGAGUGUUCACACUGGCGGUGCACCGCGCGGGGCGGUCCGUGGGAGCUAUGGACGUUGAAGCGGCGUUGUGGCGCGUCAAGCGAAGCGAACAUGACUUCCACCUGCUGCGAGCCAAGCUGAGGGAAUUCCACGGAGACGCGUUAGCGCUGCAGCAGCUGCCGUCUAGAAGAGACAAUAGUCCUCUAGAGACUCUCCGCUACAAGUAUGAAGACUUCCUCCAGAGACUGCUACAGAUCUCCCUUCUCCAGACCAGCGAACUCCUGCAUUUAUUCCUUACAGUUGAUGGAGAUUUCUCUCUAGUGGUCCAAGCGUCGACCUUGAACGCCUCAAACACAGACCUAGGAAACAUUUACCAGUCCGUGGCACAUAAACUACGGAAGGAGAAGGGACAGCACCUGGAAAGCUUCCUCAGGAAUUUUCUGGUGUCGUCGGAUAAGGAGCGGUAUCAGGCUUUAAAACAGGGUUCCCAAGUGGAAGAAGCUCAUGAAGUGAACGAAGAAGAUACGGAGAAGAUCGUCAAGAGACAACACAACGUCCGCAGCAUACAGUCCAGCGUGUUCGGGAACAACUUUGAUAUAGAACCGGAAGUGACGCACAUUCAGACCGACUACCAGGACACCGUGGUCGGCUUCACACAGUGCUUUAUGUAUUUACUAAUAAAAGUGUUGAAAGUCCCCGGGCUGGUGGUGGGCGUGGUGGGCAGCGUGCUAUCUCUGGUGAGCGACUCGCUGGACCUCGCGGGCUCGGCCUUAACCAACAAGUACCUCAAGGAGCUGUUGAACGAGAGACGACUGGCGCAUCUCAUACGACUUGGACACAAUCUCCUGUUCAAUGACCGCACCCCCCGCAGCCCCGCGUCGCUGGUGACGUCACGGGCGCGGGCGCGGGUGGCGGGGGCGGGGAGGGGCGCGAGGCUGUGGUCGGGGGUCGUGCAGGAUGUGUUCGACAUGAUGCAAGUACCGAGGAUGAACAAACAGCUGGUUUAUAAUUUAUUGGACCUGUGUGUGCUGGAACUGUUCCCGGAGCUGCGGACCCCGGGAGCGUCGCACGCGGACACCUGAUGACGUAUCACCUUUUAUUAUUACUGCAUAAGUAUUUUUUUUUGUAAAUUGUGAAAUGAUUGCAAGUGAUAGGUUUUUACUGUAACGUUUACUUUACGAGUGAUUUCUAUUGAAAUGUAAAUAAUUGUAUUAUUAUAUAUAUAUAUUAUUUUUUUUGUAAUAGCGUAAUGUAACCGCAACCUCUGUCUGUGAUAAAGCGGGUUGCCCUAAAUGAAUAUUUGUAACAGGAAGUACCAACCAAAUAUAUUAUUUUCAUAUCA